AUGGUGAUUGGUUCUGCCUGUGAAAACCCCUCCGAAAUGUUACCGGAUUCCGGCUCUCCCGUCCGCCGGAUCAUUACGCUCUCGAUUAUCUUUGCUGCAGUUGCAUUACCUUGUCUUUUUAUCUACAAUGCUCAGACCUACUCCUACAUAGAUUUGUCUCGGUCUUUCGGUUCCUUUUCUUACACUAUCAAUCAAGUUUUCUCCUCCUCUAAGGUUGAUACAUUAUAUCCGGAUACCAAGGAGUUGAGUCUGGAAAGUAUAUUGAAGGAAUCGGCUAUGGAGGAUAAAACUGUUAUCUUAACAACCUUAAACGAAGCUUGGGCGGCACCUGGCUCAAUGAUCGAUCUCUUCAUUGAGAGCUUCAGAAUUGGAGAUAAUACGAGUUGGCUAUUGAACCAUUUGGUAAUUGUUGCCUUAGACCGAAAGGCAUAUAGUCGUUGUUUGGCUGUGCACACCCAUUGCUUCGCUCUGGUCACCGAAGGAGUGGAUUUCUCUGGAGAAGCAUAUUUCAUGACCGCAGAUUAUUUGAAAAUGAUGUGGAGAAGAACUGAUUUUCUACGAUCAGUUGUUGAGAUGGGAUACAACUUUGUUUUCACGGAUGCUGAUAUAAUGUGGUUCCGCAAUCCAUUCCCACGUUUUCACUUGGAUGCAGAUUUUCAGAUCGCAUGUGAUCACUUCAGAGGCAGCUCGACUGAUUUAAACAACAGUCCAAAUGGAGGAUUCAAGUAUGUCAAGUCCAAUAACAGGACGAUAGAAUUCUACAAGUUUUGGUACUCCUCAAGGUGGACCUAUCUUGGAAAGAAUGAACAGGAUGUGUUAAACAGGAUUAAGUAUGGCCCAGUCAUCAAAAGCAUUGGAUUGAAGAUUAAGUUUUUGGAUACUGCUUAUUUUGGUGGGUUUUGUGAACCCAGCAAAGAUUUGAAUAGAGUUUGUACGAUGCAUGCAAACUGUUGUUUUGGUCUGGGUAACAAGCUCCAUGAUCUUAGAGUCAUGCUUGACGACUGGAAAAUUUUUUUCUCUUCUCCGGCAAGUGUGAAGAGACCGGCGGGAAGGUCAUUCUGGAGAGUCCCACAGAAUUGCAGACAUUCAUUCCAUCCACCUAAAAAGAAUAUUAGUCACCAGGAAAGGAAGGAUUGA